AUGCAUCCAGCCGAUAAGAAUUACAGCAAUCUCAAAUGUAACAUUGAACCCAUACCCGCCAGUCACAAAAUGGCGAAAAUCAUUAGAGAUUACAUUCGGUUGACUCACACUUCGACAUACAAUAACUUCCGUUUAGAGGUGCUGCAAACUUUCGAGCUGGCAAAGAAUGGUGAAGCGGAAUCUUUCCAAGACUAUGGAACGCGUAUCUCCACAUGA